AAGUCCCAAUCCUCUGAAAAAGUACGGACAACACCGCCCUCUUGUGGUACAUCAUUGUGUUAGCAAGUUCGAGCAAGACCUGCUCGGUUUGUCCCUUGUUGUUACCCGUCUGUAGCUCAUGCGUCGUUGAAGUUGCUCCACCUCUGUCUCUCCGGCUUUGUACCCAGAGCUGAACCCACGCCGCAGCUAGCAUCUCCAGCGUACAGGGGCUGCCAAACAUCGGAAAAUGGCCCUUCACGUUCCUAAAGCUCCGGGCUUUGCCCAAAUGUUAAAGGAUGGCGCAAAGCACUUCUCAGGACUUGAGGAAGCUGUUUUUCGUAACAUCAGAGCAUGUAAAGAGCUUUCUCAGACCACUCGCACCGCCUAUGGGCCCAAUGGUAUGAACAAAAUGGUCAUCAAUCACCUGGAGAAGCUGUUUGUCACCAAUGACGCAGCAACAAUCCUCAGAGAACUUGAGGUCCAACAUCCAGCAGCCAAAAUGAUCGUGAUGGCGUCCCACAUGCAAGAGCAGGAGGUCGGAGACGGUACUAACUUUGUGCUGGUGUUCGCUGGGGCUCUGCUGGAGCUGGCUGAAGAGCUGCUCAGGAUGGGCUUGUCUGUGUCAGAGGUGAUUGAAGGCUAUGAGAAAGCCUGCAAGAAGACUCUGGAAAUUCUGCCAGACUGCGUAUGCUCCUCUGCCAAAAACCUCCAUGACAUAAAUGAGGCCACGUCUCUCAUCCGCACUGCAGUCAUGAGCAAACAGUAUGGCAACGAAGAUUUCCUCGCCAACCUCAUUGCACAGGCCUGUGUAUCCAUCUUCCAAGAGUCAGGCAAUUUCAAUGUCGAUAGCGUCAGAGUAUGCAAGAUUUUGGACGCCUUUCUGUUUCAGGGUUGUGGAGUGACGGCCUCCACCGUGCUUCACGGCAUGGUUUUUAAGAAGGAGGCGGAGGGAGACAUCACAUCCGUUAAAGAUGCCAAGAUUGCAGUGUUCUCCUGCCCCUUCGACUGCACGGUGACGGAGACCAAGGGCACAGUGAUGAUAAACAAUGCACAGGAACUCAUGAACUUCAGCAAAGGCGAGGAGGACCUGAUGGAGGUUCAGGUGAAGGCCAUCAGGGAAUCCGGUGCGAACCUGGUGGUGACUGGUGGCAAAGUGGCCGACAUGGCGCUCCACUAUGCUAACAAGCACAAGCUGAUGGUGGUGAGGCUGAACAGCAAAUGGGACCUUCGGAGGUUGUGCAAGACCGUGGGAGCUGUCGCCCUGCCCAGGAUGACGGCUCCAACUCCAGAGGAGAUGGGUCACUGUGACAACGUGUACCUGACCGAGGUGGGGGACACCCAGGUGGUGGUCUUCAAGCACGAGAAAGAAGACGGUGUCAUCUCGACGGUGGUGAUCAGAGGCUCCACUGACAACCUGAUGGACGACAUUGAGAGGGCUGUAGAUGAUGGAGUCAACACUUUCAAGGUUCUAGUCAGGCAGCUACAGUUUGUGUCAUUCACCCUCAAGGACAAACGGCUGGUACCUGGAGCGGGAGCCACCGAGAUUGAGCUGGCCAAACAGAUCACCUCAUAUGGAGAGUCCUGCCCCGGGCUGGAGCAGUAUGCCAUUAAAAAGUUCGCCGACGCCUUCGAGGCAUUGCCUCGCGCUCUGGCUGAGAACUCUGGUGUGAAGGGCAGCGAGCUCAUCUCUAAGCUGUACUCUGCGCAUCAUGAGGGAAAGAAAAACAUCGGCUUUGACAUUGAGGCAAGACAGAGAAACAGUUCAGAGGGGCAGGAGGCGUGUGACUCAUGCAAAGUGCAGCUUGGAGACGGGCCGGCCGUGAAGGACAUGCUGGAGGCUGGCAUUGUGGAGCCGUACCUGGUCAAACACUGGGGCAUCAAACUGGCCACCAAUGCUGCCAUCACAGUGCUGAGGGUGGAUCAGAUCAUCAUGGCCAGACCAGCAGGAGGACCCAAACCUCCUCAGGGUCAGAAGGACUUUGACGAUGACGACUGAACCUGAUGCUCAACAACCAACGCUUCUUAAAUCCUGAAAGCACCCAAAUGGGCUCACAAACUUUUUGUACUUGUUUAUUUAAAUCCCAUCUGUUUGGUUUAUUUAGUAGAAAUGACUAGACAUUAGUCAACAAAGCAACGUAAAGGUAAAAAUUUCAGAUGGCUCUGUUUGCUUUUUAUGUUCUAAGUCCCAAAUAAAAGGCACUUGCGCUGUC